AUGCGCAGAUGUAGAUGCAAACCUACGAAUCAAACCUUCAACAUUCUCAUUCGCGGGCGUUGGAAAUUGGCAUUGGAGGAAGGGAACAUCCCUCAUGUUGUGGUAUUUUCGUCCCUAAUGGAGGAUAUGGAAAAGUUCGGUUUGCCAUUUGAUCCCUCCACUGAAAAGCUUUUAUACGAUGGAUACGCGGAGGUUGGUCGUUAUACCGACGCCGAAAAAGUUCGCGUCUUGUAUAAAAACAAGUUCAAGGUCGCUAAAGGGAGCGGUGAAUGGCAAACGAGCCUCUCUCACGCGGGUCAAUCAGACGGUGUAGCUGCUGCAAUUGCGUUGUUUAAAGUCCUCGAGGUGGAAGGCUGCCCGCGGUCUCCUGGGAUCAUUAGCUCAAUCGUCCGCCAUUCGAGAACAGUGGCAGACCUCCAGCUCGUUGAAAAUCAGAUGCAAGUCAAGUGCAAUGAAGUUCAUUGGGCCAUGGUCAUCACCAACUGUCUACGCUCAGGUCAAAUUACUCAGGGUCUGGAAAUAUAUGAGGCGUCUGUCCAGGCCGAUAUUAAACCCGACGCGGCACUGGUAUCCCCAAUACUUCGAGCGUUACGUCGCUUGGAACCCCCUGAAGACUCAGCUGUCGAUCAAGCGUUGGCCAUUUACCAUGACCUAGCAAGGGCUCACCCGCCGACCAUUGCUAGUGGAGAGGCAGACCAAACUCCCCGCACUCACCCUCGUGGUCCAGACUUGGAUAUCUAUCAUGCUCUCCUCCAGAUGCUCGCCUCGUCAGAAAACCUUGACAAGUAUCAUCCGAUUGCGCUCUCACUCCUCGAGGACAUGAAAGCUCGAGACAUAUCAACCAACGAUAGCAGCAUUACUGCUUCCAUUAUUAUUCUUCAAAUGAGACGUGCUUCGGACAUGGCCGAAGCGAUGGAAAUAUAUCAUCAGCAUCGGUCUUCGCUAGACGGGGAGGGCUACGCCGUCGUUCUAGGCUGCGUUAGUAAACUCCAAUUCAGCAAUUUGCCAUUACCUUCCAUCAGAGACUACUUCAGCAUUGUCAACGAUAUGCGGAUGGCUGGGAUUGAACUGAAUGCAAAACUUCACAAUUUUCUGGUCACAACAACUCGUCGUAUACACGAUUUUAUUUCCCUGGACGCCUCUCUUACACCUGAUGCCAUUCUAUGGAAUCAAGUUAUGGACACUUAUCAGCGUCUUGGCUGUUUUGCAGACGCAUAUAGGGUUUGGGAAGUGGUGUAUUUAACUGGCAGAUUCGACUAUGUCAGUAUUAGCAUCAUCCUUGAUGCCUGUACUCAUGCAGGGGACCUGUCUACGGCGACAGCGAUCUGGAACAAGCUGUCCCGAGAUCGAUAUGCAUUCAAUCUGCAUAACUGGAAUACAUGGAUCGAAUGUCUUUGCCGACUGGGCAGACUCGGCGAUGCGGUCGGAGUAGUUUGCACUGGUAUGCAAAAAGGGGGCACAGAACCGGAUGUCGAGACAGUCAAAAUACUGGUUAAGUACGCCAGGCAACUAAAUCAGCACCACGAAGUUCUCCCACAUAUAGAACAUUAUCUACCACAUCUGUAUAGCGAGCUCCCAGAGUAUCUUAAAGUCAAAAAGUCUGUGUAA